GCGAGGGUCCCGACGCCCUCAGCGCCGUGAGGGGACGCAGAGCCCGAGGGGCAGAGCCGGGGCUCCUGAGGAACUCAGCGAGUCCCCAGAAUGAAUUAGGUUGGAAAAGACCUCUGAGGUCGUCGACUCCAACCUGUGACUUGCUAACACUCGGGCCGCAGUCGGGGUUGUGAGCGGGGCGGUGCCCUCGCUCUCACAGAGCCCCGUCCCCGCUGGGCGUCACCGCAGCCCGCGCCGAGCCUUUGCUUCUGAUAUUUCGGUUUCAUAAAUUCGGGGCCGGCUAAUUUCAAUCCUGCCUAAGAAAUUUCUUUUGCAGCCUUUGCCGUGCUUAAAACAAACCCUUUCCAGGUGUAAGGAGUUGUCGCUCCUCUCAACCUUUCCGCAGCUCCUGACGUACCUGCUGAGCAGCCACUGCCCUUCUGCAACAGCAACGAAGUUGUAUAGCACUGGGGACACCACGAAGCCAAAGCCAGCCCGUGGCCAGGAGAACGAUGUGGAAUUAAUCUUACGCAAGCGCCGUGUGGUUGCACAAGUAGGAGCUCUCAGGAUAGCAGAGCUGCACCAUGUGCCUUUGGAGGAAGCUACAACAGGACACAUUACAUCUCUGGACCAAAACUUCAGCCACAUACCUCCACUUCCCUUAACAAUGAUAAUUUUGUCCCUUUAGAGUGAUAAUUGUUCUUUUGUUACCCGCAUCUUGUUUCUGAAACAGUACUUAAUCAAAUGUGCUAUUUUGUGCAUGCAUCAGGAAUUUGCAAGUCCCUUUUUGCGUUUCAGGAGGUGAGCUUGGUGCUUUGUCAGGACUCCAAACUCCAGCUUACACUGGGAGCAGCAGUCCUCUGGGUCGGACUCCCCAUGAAAAUGUUGCAUCAAUUUAAACAAGGCUGUAGUUCAAUAUAUCCAUCUGCACUGGUGAAACUAGUUCAGGAAGUUCCCGUCCCCACAGCACGUGUUGUGGAGCUUGGCCACAACAUGCAAUUCCACAACCAGUUCUACUGGCACACCUGAAGAAAUGUUUUGUGGCACUGCAGGGAGACUCAUCAACUAAAACUUCUUCUCAAUACACUGAAAACAUGGUACUGCCUAACACCAUUUCAAUAGAUGUAGUUGAAAUACUGCAAAUCCCUUGACAGAAACAUUUCAGAAUUUGAGAACCAAGGGGCCUCCUUGGCCAUACUGGCAGAUUUGCACCAAGCUGGGACCCUCUCUUACACUAACAGCCAGAUCUAAACUCCUGAAGUAAAAUAUAUAUAUAUUUUUUUAAAUGUAGAAAACAAAAAAAAUCCUCUCUAUGUAUUUUAGUAGCACAAUGCCUUGUGACACUAGGCACAGCUUGUUUUGGUUACGUUUAUGGACUCUCUGGAGAUUUCUGUGGGAGAGUACCUUUGUAGAUCUACUCCAAACAUGAACAUCACCAUGUGUGCCAUUGUGCCAGACGACCACAGUCCCAAUUAGAUGACUUCUCUCCUGGGACAGCCUGGAACAGUAUUGCAACCAGGUCAGCUAGCAGGAGCUGUUUCAGUAACUGGCAGGGGAAUUCCAGCCCUGUGUUUUUAUCUGCAAUGACUCCCUCACUGCUGGUAACAGCUGCAGCUCUGGAUGUGAGAAGAAUCGGCUUUGCAGGAUUAAAUUCAGAUGGCUGUGAAUGUAGUGUCAUUGAUUUCAGCAAAUGGGUGGGCUUACAGCUGGGGCACCUGCAUGACGUGCUGGUCCGGCCUGACCACCCCGAGCUGACGGCUGAGUGCCAGGAGAUCACCCAGGUGGAUGUGGAGAGCCUGGCACUGGCUCCGCCGCUGGAGCAGGCACUGAGACAGUUUAAUCAGUCUGUGAGCAAUGAGCUGAAUAUUGGUGUAGGUACUUCCUUCUGUUUCUGUACUGAUGGACAGUUGCACAUUAGGCAGGUUCUGCACCCUGAAGCUUCCAAAAAGAAUAUCUUACUGCCUGAAUGCUUCUACUCCUUUUUUGACUUGCGGAAAGAGUUCAAGAAGUGUUGCCCUGGCUCACCUGAAGUUAGCAAACUCGAUGUUGUGGCCAUGACAGAAUAUUUAAAUCUUGAUAAGAACAGUCCAGCAUUUCCGUAUGGAGCCUCUCAAGUUGAAGACAUGGGGAAUAUUAUUUUAAGACUAAUAUCUGAACCAUACAAUCACCAAUUUUCAGAUCCAGAAAGAGUGAACUACAAAUUUGAAAGUGGGCCUUGCAGCAAGAUGGAACUUGUGGAUGACAAUGCUGUUAUCCGAGCAAGAGGAUUGCCAUGGCAGUCGUCUGACCAGGACAUAGCGAGAUUCUUCAAAGGUCUAAAUAUUGCCAAGGGAGGUGCUGCACUCUGUCUCAAUGCCCAAGGUAGAAGAAAUGGGGAGGCUCUUGUGAGGUUCGUAAGUGAAGAGCAUAGAGAUCUAGCACUACAAAGGCACAAACAUCACAUGGGGAAUCGAUACAUUGAGGUAUACAAGGCAACAGGUGAAGACUUCCUUAAAAUUGCAGGAGGCACUUCCAACGAGGUUGCACAGUUCUUGUCAAAAGAAAAUCAAGUGAUUGUCAGGAUGCGAGGUCUUCCUUUCAAUGUAACAACGGAAGAAGUGCUGACUUUCUUUGGCCAGCACUGCCCUGUAACAGGAGGGAAGGAGGGAGUCCUGUUUGUCACAUACCCUGACAGUAGGCCGACAGGGGAUGCCUUUGUCUUGUUUGCUUGUGAGGAAUACGCACAAAAUGCACUGAAAAAGCAUAAGGACUUGCUGGGGAAAAGGUACAUUGAACUCUUCAGGAGCACUGCAGCAGAAGUUCAGCAGGUGCUGAACAGGUACUCUUCCACACCUCUCAUUCCUCUUCCAACACCUCCUAUUCUUCCAGUAUUACCUCAACAAUUUGUGCCUCCCACAAACAUCAGAGACUGCAUACGUUUGCGUGGUCUUCCCUAUGCUGCUACCAUAGAGGACAUCCUGGAGUUCUUGGGAGAGUUUUCUACAGAUAUUCGGACCCAUGGAGUUCACAUGGUACUGAACCACCAGGGGCGUCCGUCAGGAGAUGCUUUUAUUCAGAUGAAAUCUGCAGAUCGAGCUUUCCUGGCUGCACAGAAGUGUCAUAAGAAGACUAUGAAGGACAGAUAUGUUGAAGUCUUUCAAUGUUCUGCUGAGGAGAUGAACUUUGUAUUAAUGGGGGGCACUUUAAAUCGAAAUGGCUUGUCCCCACCACCAUGUAAGUUACCAUGCCUUUCACCCCCUUCCUACUCCUUUCCCGCUCCUGCUGCAGUUAUGCCAACAGAAGCUGCUCUGUAUCAGCCAUCCAUGCUUCUCAACCCACGAACACUCCAGCCCUCCACAGCCUACUACCCUGCUGGGGCUCAGCUCUUCAUGAACUACACAGCAUAUUACCCCAGUAUGCAGCAGAGGAUGGACUUGUACACACAAAUGAUCCUGCCAGGACAGUGUCCAAAGAAUGGAUUUGCAUUUAAAGGCCCCAGCAGUUAGACUUCCUUAGAGAAGAUUCCUCCACCCUUUCUGAUGUUUUGAACAAACACAGCAAGCAUAGAUGGAGAUUAUCAUUACAUUCCCAGUUUUACUGCUUCUCAAGCCAGUUGUGCUCAAGAGAAAAAUCACCAGAACUCUGGAAAUCAGCAGAUGGAUCUCUGUGUUCAAGUUGAUGCCCAAUUUUCAAACAAGCACACACAGACCACUAAGCCCUUCAUUGAGAGCACAGGUGUUGAAAUCACGCAAGUCCUUGAGGGUUUCUCCUUGAUGAAGUAUUCAGCUGCUCUUAACACAGACAUAGUUUAGCCUCAACCUAAAAUUCUGAUCUAUGUUCUUUGAAAUAGCAAAAAAGUCUUUUUUUGUCUAAUUUUGCACACAGUUCUGUUUUAAUUAAAAAAGUAUUUUACAACCUCUAAUUGUGCACUUGACAUUUUAAUAAAAAAAAGGUGGGGUUUUUUUUUGGCUUGUAUGUAUGUCUAAACUGUGCAAAAGAGGCCUUUGUAAACUUUAUAUGCAGGCAUAUUUUAUACAGUGCAGAAAUAAUUAGGAAUGUAAAAUGGAUUAUCUGAGGGGAAAAAUGCUGUAACUUUGUAAAAGUAUACGUGUGGGAUGUUAAAUGCUUUGUCUCUGAUUCUUGUAUGCUUUUUCAUAUGCACUCAGGUAUUUAAAUUUUAAAAGGCUUACAGGAGUAUGCAUUUUCAAACUUUGCUCACUCUGCUUAGUCAGAAAACAAGAAAUGUAGUUAAUGUCUCUCCUGUGCUACUACUUUUAUUUUUCCACUUCCUGCUCUACCCACCCUGCUUGGUGUUUGACAGCCUUUCAUGCAAGAGAAGGAAUUGUGAUCUCUAGUAAGACCCAGCACCUUAUCUGCUUUAAAGGAGGAUCACUCAGGGAUGGUAGUUUGAGCUUAGUCUCUCUCUGAACUAGAGCAAGUAACCCAGCACCACAACUGUCACUCUUACCAGAGAAAUCAGGUGAUAAAUGUGCUCUUACUUAAAUAACUUUUAGCAGCCUCUGGUCUCCCUGCCUGCCCUGAGACUGGGCUUCAGGCUGAGGGUUAGAUCACUAUGUCUUUCCAUGGCAAUUACACUCAUCAUUUCUACUGAAGAAAGGGGGAAGGAAACCCUGAAAUAAAGAGAUUUGUGGGUCUAAAAGUUGCAAAGUGGAUAGGUUCUCUGGCAUGUUCAAAAUAAAUAUUGCAGAAGUGAGGGCUGCAAGCACUUCGGGUUUGUGGUGCUUAGAGUCCUCCUGUAUUUAGUUCCCAUGAGCCCAAAUCCACAACAGUGCCUUGCUAUCUCUGAAAGGAAGUAAAGGGGAAUAAAAAAAAACCAAAAAACAAAAAACAAGGAUGGUGGGGUGGCAAAGUAGGAAAACUGUUCUAGACAAGUGAUAGUCUCCCCCUUUCAUUCUUCCCUUAUUAUUUUUCACUUCUCUUUUCAAUGUGCCACCCUCCCCCACUCACUACAGCCAUAGUAAUCUAGAUUUACAUUUUCUCCUGGCAAGCUGUUACACUCUGAAGUAUUUGACAGAGCCUUUUUUUAAAAUCACUGUUCUGUAAGCACGAGUACAUCAAACAUGAUUUAUUGGCGCAAAAUAUUUUUAAAUGGUAUUUCUUUCUUUCUGAGAAGAUGGUUUUGCCUUUCAUUUUGUAGCAUGAUUAUAAAUUAAUAGUUAUACAUUAGCCUAUAUGAGCCACUGGGGCAGUGAUGGUGGAAUGGAGUCUUCACAUAUUAACUGUGCAAAUACAGACAGGGAGUGAGUGGAUGGGAAGAAGUAGUCCAGAAAAGGCUUGGAAAAAUAAAUCACGAACUGAAUGCAACAAUAAUUAAAUGCUUCUGAAAAACAAAAGCAUACUUCAUGUUGGGUUACACACAUGGGCCUUUAGUUUGGGAUGUUUUCCAAGUGUUCUAUACAGUGCUGGUAAAACUUUAGCAAAAAGUUAUAGCCAAAAAUUGCAAAACGUGGAUCAACUGCAGAGCGAACAGAGAGAUUGUGAAAACUGCUCCUGGAGGCCUGCUGAAGGCAUUGGGAUUGCUUCAUUUGGUGAAAAGGAGACUGCGGUAUGAGAACAGUAUAUUAAAGUUAUGGCUAUGAAGAGAGAAGGAAUAAAUUCUUCCCAUUGUGAAUGGGACCAGGAGAGAAGGGAUGGAGUUACAGAGGCAGAUUAAGGGAUCAGAACAAACCUUCUUAUAGCAGCAGUAGUUAAAUACCGCUCUGAACUGCCUGGGGAGGCUGCUCAGUCUCCACCCAGGUAAUCUUUUGGGACUGAUUGGCCAAGCACUCAUUAGAGAUGGGACUAGUAGAGCUGGUCCCACUGUCAGAUACAGACAUGGACAAGAUCUCCUCUUCAGGUCCCCUCCAGCCUUGUUUGUGGUGAUACUGCUUUCUUCUUAGGACCCUGGCCUCAGAUGUUAGCAAGUGAACUGUACAUCUUAAUAUAUACAAUAUGAGCUGGGGAUUGUGUUAUUUUUCACGAGCUCUCGUAUUUGGGAGUCUUUAGACUCUAUUUUCAGAACUGAAUUCUUUAUACAGUUUUUCAGUAACUGUUUUAAUUGAUUACAACUGGAGUUCAUUUAACCUAAAGCUGAGGAAAAUAAUAUUCCCUCAUUAUAAUGGGUGCAGGUUUUAGAAAACAGGCAAACUAAAAGUUAUGUGAUUUCUGCAAAGGGGGGAAAUGUGUGUAUAUUCUGUUUUCUUUUUGCAAAACUAGCAAAGCUUUGAGAUUUCCCAACUAUCUCUGAAUAUCUCCAUUACUUCAGUUAGGAGGUUCUCAGCUGGAGGCAAUUUUAUUUAUUUAAGAAGGAAAGCCUGAAACUCCAUCAGUAAAGAUGAAAGUCCAAUUCCACACAGUAACUUUCUCUGAGAUUAAGAGUAUUGAUUGAACUUGAGAUGUGAAUCUAUUGCUUGUUGGUUUGGAUGUGUAAAGAAUAUG